GAGUACGAAAUUGCGGCAGUACCAGUAAGGUUAUACCACACAUGCAUGUAGUUUUACCGGUAUUAAUAAAAAUACGGUGCGACAGAAAAAGAAAACGUCCUAUUUAAGUCGCUCGUAUUUUGUGAUACUUUGAUAAUAUCCGAUUAAAUUAUAGAGUGUGAUGUGAAGGUUUUUAAAAUUAGUUCAAAAUGAUAUUUCGAAGGGUUUUCAAUUCGAUGGUUUUGUCCCCAGCUGGGAAAGAGUUUCAAAAAGUUAUCCAAAAUGCAUUUAGAGAAAAUCAUUCACAUAAAGUUGCUUUUAACUGGGAAGAUGCCUUCAACCUUGAAAGUCAGUUGUCUAGCGAGGAAAAACUUAUUAGAGACCAAUUUAGGGAAUAUUGCCAAAAGAAGUUAGUACCCAGAGUCAUCUUGGCAAAUAGGAAUGAAGUGUUUGACAGGCAAAUACUUAACGAAAUAGGCGAAUUAGGAGUGUUAGGAUGUACUAUUAAAGAAUAUGGCUGUGCAGGAGUUUCAAAUGUAGCUUAUGGCUUACUUACAAGGGAAGUUGAAAGAGUUGAUAGCGCGUACAGAUCCGCCGUGAGUGUGCAGUCCUCCUUGGCUAUGGGCGCAAUUUAUUCAUGCGGCAGUGAAGAACAAAAACAACAAUAUUUACCAGAAAUGGCAAGAGGAAAUUUGGUUGGGUGUUUUGGCCUAACUGAACCAAACCAUGGGAGUGAUAUUGGAAAAAUGGAAACUAAAGCUGCAUAUGAUUCAUCUUCGAAAACAUAUAUACUAAACGGUAGUAAAACUUGGAUUACAAACUCCCCAAUAGCAGAUAUAUUGAUAGUUUGGGCACGAUGCGAUGGCUCUAAAAUAAAAGGUUUUAUCGUUAAUAGAAAAGAACACGGGAACGGGUUAAGUACUCCUAAAAUUGAAGGAAAAUUUUCCUUAAGAGCUUCUACAACCGGAAUGAUUUUAUUAGACAAUGUUAAGGUACCCGAAGAUCACAUUUUGCCCAAUUCCAACGGAAUAGGUGCAGCUUUUGGCUGUUUGAAUAACGCACGCUACGGAAUUGCGUGGGGAACAUUAGGAGCUGCCGAACAUUGCUUCAAUGUAGCUAGACAGUACACUCUGGAGAGGCAACAAUUUAACAGACCAUUAGCACAGACCCAAUUGAUACAAAAGAAAUUCGCUGAUAUGCUCACCGAAAUCUCAUUAGGUUUGCAAGCUUGUUAUCAAGUCGGUAGGCUAAAAGAUAAAAACCUGCAUACACCUGAAAUGAUUUCAAUAUUAAAGAGGAAUAAUGCUGGGAAAGCUUUGGAAAUAGCUAGAGCAGCUAGGGACAUACUUGGAGGAAAUGGGAUUCAAGAUGAAUAUCAUAUAAUAAGACACGUUAUGAACUUAGAAGCAGUAAACACAUACGAAGGAACUCAUGAUAUACACGCUUUAGUCUUGGGAAGAGCGAUUACAGGACUUCCUGCAUUCUAAUUUUUUUAUUUUAAGAUCUAAAAAUUGUAAAAACUUUGAAUUUUUAAAAUAAAUUGUUGUGUUUGUA